UUUAUCCGGACUUCUAUGACGUAAGAAUCACAGUGAUUAAAUGGACUUCUCAUAUCACAGUUCUCACUGACAUCGUUGUUUAUUGUACUUAAAAGUGUUUUGUUAGAAAAAUUUGAUAAAUCUACUCUCUAUUGCCCAGUUACGAACAAAAGCAUUCCUUAUAAUUUAAAGUGCUAAAUAAAUUAAAUAAUAAAAUAAAAUAGUGUGAAAACAAAAUUAUAUAGCAAGUUGUGGAUGGGAAAGUGCUGAAGGGCUACUAUAUCAGAAGUUUGAAGGUUUGUGUUAUCAAAUAGUCUACAAUCUUAUCUAGUAGUAUUUUCAAGUUUGUCACGCAAGAAAUUAAAGUGGAGUUGACACGCUAAAGAAUAGGAUGGCUGGCCACCGAAGGCCUGUCUUCCUUCUUGUUUUUUCUUUCUGUCUUCUUAUCUUUUUCGGUCUCCAUUGCCAGUCAGCACCAGCUGUAGUGGGAGCAACUGGAGGAUGGAGUAUCGGUGAUGGCCUAAAGUAUCAGCUGAUGACGACUAUCUUGUCUCGAGAAUCAGGAGCUUCAAAACCUGGUGGUGACGUUGGCUUUCAAUUGACUGGAGAACUUAUUGUUUCUGCAAUUUGGCAAGAUCCUCAGGAUACUAAGACUGUUCUGCUAAGUGUUGAGUUGAAAUCGCCUCAAUUGUGGAUUAAAUCACGGAGAGCUCCAGAACCUGAAGGAUUCAUCGAGCAUUCAUCAAAACUAGAUCAAAUAUCUGAAUCCCCUAUUCUCCUUCUUUGGAAAAAAGGCGAAAUAUUAAAAGUAUUCUUAGGAAAUGAUGAAACUAUUUCAUCUGGAAAUUUAAAACGUGGACUUGCAAGUCUUUUCCAAUAUCAAGAUAGAGAUGGAGAAUUCAGAGAACAUGAUGCAUCUGGAGGUUGUAAUGUCACGUACACCGUUAUGGAUGCUAAUAGAAUUCUCAAAACGAAAAAAUUCUGUGAUGAAAUUAAUUUAUCAGAAAAGAAUGAACAUCCGAAUCCAAUUCUUGGAGUUAAUUUACAAAGUACAAGGAUCACAGAUUAUGAGCUGAAUUCUCAACUUCUUCCAAUUUUUAUUGAUGAAAUUGAACAACAUGAGGUUACUUUAAAAGUUAAGCCUGAAGCAGGAACAACUGUUUCAUCUCAGAGAAUUAUCAAAGAAAUUCCAGGUCACGUAAAUGUGAAAAAAAUCAAUGCAAAUAAUCUUAAAGAUGCUUUAGCUCGUUUCCAACCUGGAUAUAGAGAAGCUAAAAUAGAUCUUCAAGUAGAAAAAAUCACCUGUUCUGAUUCAGGCUGUCUAACAUUGGAAAAAGUAAUUGAAGAAAAUCGAGACGCUUUAGAAAACUCAGCCUUAGGUACUGCCAAGUCAGCAGCAGCAUUUUUAAAACUCAUUCCUAUUGUCAGAGAAACACCUGUUGAAGAACUAACGAGAAUUCUAAAAAGUCCACGUUAUAAAACACUCAAAACUCAAAUUCUGGAUGUCUUAGGAUCCGCAGCAACCCCAUCAAUUCAUCAAGUAGCUAUGAAAGUCUUAAGAAAUGAUGAUAUUGGUGAUGACACGGAAAGAUAUCUUUGGGCUUUAUCAGUAUCACCUUUACCUCAUGCAGAUAUUAUAAAAGAUGUGUUAAGCCGCUCUGAAGAAACUUUGCAGAAUGAUCGAGUAUCAGAAACUUUAGCAUUGACCGCUGGAGCAAUGGCUCGUCAAUUAGGAUCACCAGUGGUUAAGGAAAAAGUACGUGUUAGUCUUGAAAUUGGAUUGGAUACAUGUACCAGUGAUGAGUGUCGUUUAAAGUUCCUCAGAGCUUUACGAAAUCUCAGAAGUAAAGCAUCGAUUCCAGUUCUCAUGGACUUUGCCAUGAAUGGUACUAAAUCAACUAGUAUUGCAGCUUGGCGUGCACUUGGAUCAAUGGACCCUAAAUACAUAACUGAUGAUCUCAAGAUUGCUGCGAAACGAAUCUUUUAUCAAAUUGGUGGACCAAAAAAAGAUAGCACUGUUAGAACACUAGCAGCAGAUAUUGUUUUAAAUAAUGACCCUUCUGCUGAAGAUAUACGAGAAUUUUUUGAAUACCUUAGCACCAAGGAUACUAUGUAUGAAGUCAAAAGAUAUAUUAGCCAAAGGCUAGAACAGUUAGCUGAAAAAGAUCCUAUCUUUAAUGAACGACUUAACUUGGCAAUAGAAGCUGAAGAUAAAAAACUUCGAAAUUAUCACGUUUUGGCACAUAGAGGACUCAGUACUGCAUUUUCCAGGCCAUUUUUAAAAUCUACAGCAUCAAAUGGGUCUUUAGUAACAGUUCAGGAAGUCAAUUCCGGUCUUUUAAAACGAGGAGUUGUUGACGUAGUGAUUCAAACAGGUUCUCACGAAGAGGCUUUGUUUUCUCUUGGACUUUUUGCUGGUGGUCUAGGGAGCUUAGUUUCGUCUUCUGACAGCGAAGAGAAAUCUUCAGAGCCUGAAGAGUAUGAAUUAGCUACUGCUGGUAUGGAAAUAGAUCUACUUGGAGUUGGAAUAAGGCCUUUUGUAUUUUUCACUGGUCAAGGUGAAUUAAUGGGACAUGUGUGGUCUGGUACAGCUUCAGAAAGAACUCCUGCAUUCCAAGCUAUCGUCAAUCUUCAUCGUCAUAGAGAAUUAGUUCCUCUAGCAUCUGGUUUUAUUGCGGAAAUUGACGUGGAAGGUGCUGUUAGUUUUGAUCUAGCUGGCCAAAUUCAACUUAGUUUAUGGUCCAGGAAUGCUCAGUCUCUUGUAGAAAUGGGUGCCGGUGUUGCGGUACGUGGAGGAUUUAAAAUUAAAUCAGAUUAUGUACAAUCAAAUGCUGAAUUUGCAUUAUCUGUUGAACCUAAAUUGGAGCUUUCAACAGAUGUUGACUUUUCUGGUCCUACUGUUAUCUGUAUGAGGCUUAUGCAACCAGAAACUUCUGUUAAACAUCAGAUAUAUAAGAUUGAAAGAAUACCUGGUAGUAAACAUCGAUUAAGGAAAACUAAAAGGACUGUUGUGCCAUCACCUGCGAGAUCUUAUUUGCUCAAUAGAAAAAAUAAUGAAAUGUGCUCAAAGGUGUUUAGUUAGUGAUAUAAGUAGAUUUUGGAAUUUAAAACUUUUCAAAUAAAUUUAUCUGCAGUCAGUUAACUGUGGACUAUAUUAUUAAUUAAGUAGCAUAAUGACAAUUUAGUGUAAAAUGGACAAUGAUAAAUUUUAUUCUGUGCAUUUUUAUACCAAAUAUUUAUCAAGUACCAUUACAAAAUAAAAUAACGUCAUAAAUGUA